AUUCGUACAUCGGUGUGCCCGGUUUGCACGCAUUCUUCGCAUAUUUCACGGCAUUAUAAAAAAAUUAUAGCAAGAAUGGGUGAUAAACUGUUGGACACAACACAAAUUAUAAAUGGCUUGGCUGUGAUGAUAUCAUUUUUCGUCGGUUACAAAUAUGCCCUAAAGCGUGGCGAGGCUUGCGCAAAAAUUGACGACACACCGUCAACAGCGGGUCACGAAGAAGAAGGAGCAGCUGCCCCAAUAGCCGACAAGACCGUCAUGGGCUUUAACGACAACUAUAAAAUGGUGCUGGUCGUGCGCAACGACCUCAAAAUGGGCAAGGGGAAGAUAGCUGCCCAGUGCUCCCAUGGAGCCGUUGGGGCAUACCAAAGAGCUGUGACCCGCACACCACGCCUGCUGCGUGCCUGGGAGAACUGCGGCUGUGCCAAGAUCGCUGUGCGCGUCGAAAACGAAGCCGAACUGAUGGUAAUCAAACGGGCGGCGGAACAAUCCCAUUUGAACACGUGCCUCAUACGCGACGCUGGACGCACCCAGAUCGAGCCCAAUUCAAAGACUGUGCUGGCAGUGGGUCCCGCUGCUGCUGUCGACAUCGAUCGCAUCACUGGCCAUUUGAAGCUAUUGUAAGGUUUAAUAAUCCAUCAGCCGCGAUGCCCCUUGCCUGCCUGCCCAGCUGAACUAGCGUGCAGAGCAGGCUGAUUGGAAUACCCUCAAUUCUCAAUACAAUGUGGGGAGCAUGUGGUGUGCAAAUCAACCACCACACUGACUGUGACAUGCAAGUUAAUUUAGGAUCUACUACUUUAUUGCGUUUAUUGUAAAACUGAGCGAUUACUACAUAUUAAAUUCCUAGUGGUGAAGCUGUCUCUUUCUUAACUGAAA